AUGCUAGCCAUGUCAACAAUUAUGAUGCCAGCAGCGACGAUGACGACCAUGACGAACGCCGGGCCCAUCCCGGUCGCAGCGGCCACCAAGUUGGAGCCCAAAUUGCUGCAGCUGCCACAUCCGGCGCUGAUGCAGCAGCAACCACAACAGCAUCAUCAUCAGCACCAGCACGGGAAUAUUAAUAAGCUUGGUGCAGAAUUCAUAAAUAAAACAAACUUUGAACAAAUACCCUUCCCUUCAACGACUUUCUCUGCGGAAGCCAGUGCGCAAUUAUGUUUCCCAAUACCAAUUAAAUAA